AUGGUUGACGAUACCAUGGAGAUAGCUUCUGAGCAUGGGCAUAACAUUGUCGAGGAAGAUAUUGACAUUGAUAUUGACCUCACCACUGGCCAUGUCGAUGAAGAUGAUAUCCUAGAUGAUGUUGAUCCAGAUACAGACUUCGACACAAAUAUUACCGACGUACCCGCACAUGUCGAGACAGACGAUCUGAUGCUUGAUGAUGACCGUGAUGAUGCAUCAUACCAUAUGGAAGAUGCAGACUUGUUGGAGGAGGAAGCAGAUGAUCACAACAUGGAACAGGAACCUGCUGGUUUGUCAUUCACGACCGAUAAUCCUUCUGGUAAUUCUUUCAACGAGGUACAGUCUACAGAGUUGAGUAUCGUGGACACCGGCGUUUCCGAUCAAUUUUGGGACGAUGCUCAAGUGGCACAAGAGUCGGGUGAAGCUGCAAAUGCGCUGGACACAGCAGCAACCGUACAUGGUUCAGAAGACUUAGUCGACAACAGUCCUGAGAGUGUCAAGAAUUUAAAUACCAAGGAUACCCAGGAUCUUGCACCUGCUUCGUUUCCCCAUUCGCCCACUGAUGAAAACACACAAUCUAACAGCCCACAAAAUCACAAUCACGAUGAGUCUAACAGACAGAGUCUCGAGAACAAUUUAGAUGAGUCGACGAACGUUGUUGAGGCGAAUGGUACCAAUGUAUAUGCCAAGGAUGAAGAAAAUCUCGAUUUGAGUACGGCAUCCAUUGAAAGUGGCCCAAUCAAUACUAGCACAAAUGCCGAGGAUCAGGGACCAGAACGUUCCGGUCCAAACACAGCUUCUGCCGAAGAGAGCUCGAGCAAGCCAAAUAGCGCUACACUCGAUUCCUCGAAAGAUUUAGAAAAUCAACAUCAUGCUCGUGAAAUAGUAGUCAAAUACAACAACCGAAAUUAUCCAUUGAUCAGGAAGUAUUCCACAGACCAUCCCAACGAAUUUUUCUUCGAAGACCCUUCCGUAGUGGAGAAACCGUUUAAUGAGUUUUGCUACGAAAUUCGUAAAGUUCUAAUGGAGGAAAAUUUACCAAAAGAUGACAAGAUUAGUUUACUUAUUGAAGAGCUUCAAUUAACGAUUGAAGAGCCUACAGGAUAUGAUAGAUUCUUAGCACUCUCAAAGGGGGCUGCUGAGGGUAAAGGAUUACUUGACUAUGUAACUUGGAACGUCGAGAGUGAAGAUGAUCCAACGGAGUUCGGAGAGCCGACGCAGCGUUAUGACAGUCAAUCUCCCUCCGACGCAUUCAACUCUGUGCUAGAGGAAAACGAUAAACCCAUUGAAGCCAAUGAUGCGUAUGACGAAAACUCUAACCAUGGCUCCCAUGAUGAACAACCGCAUCUCGAACAUGCAGAUUCUGCCACUUCAGUCAGUGCUGAAAGCCCACAAGGGGAGCAGGGUGAUGUGCAAAGAGAGGUUGAUCAUCAGCAGUUAGCACCCGCGGAAGUACGAAAAUCGCCUGAAACUUUCCAGAAACCUGAUAGUGAGAUUGAUGAAGAUGGGGACUUUAUUGAUUACGAGGAUGAAGAGGACAUCGAAAAGCCCUUGAAUGAUGGAGCCCUGAAGCCCGAACAGCCCGUGACUGAUGAGAGCAGGCCACAAAACGGUAGAUCCACCGAUUUCAAUUUGCCAUGCAUCCUUCCUGACACUUGUUUUUGUUCCACCUGUAAUGACCUUGUUCUAACUGAGUGUCGAGCGGCAGAAGAAGAGUCUCGUCGAAAUUCAAUCUCUCUUAAAGUAGAGAAUGCAGUUACUGAAGUGGAGAGCCAAGUGGGCGACGAAACGACCCAUACUGAUGAUACUGCUCAGCCCGAGGAAACCUUCCAAGACGUAGAAAGCGACAUUGAUUACGAGGAAGAGAAAGCCGAUGACGGCUUCAAUGCCGAGGAACAAGAGGGCUCGGAACCAAAUGACCUUGAAAAUGCCGAAAAUGGGAUUAACUUGAACGAAACCAAUGACGAGGACCGUGAGUACGCCUUGUACAACGACAACAAUGAGAUCGAACAAACGGGAGAUGAUGAAGGCCCUGGUCUAGCAGAUACUACCCAGGAAGUACCUCACGAUAUUAACAAUGAGAACGAGCAGAAUGGAGACGGCGAAGGCUUAGAUCUAGCGAAUCAUACCCUGGAAGUAAAUAACGUGGAAAUUAGUUACGACGAUGAUCUUGAAAAUGGAGGACAUUACAAUUUCGAGGAGGAUGAGUUCGAUUUAGGUGUUGGUGACGAAGAGGACACCGACUUCCUUCAAAAUUAUCAACAAGACGAUGAAACUGGCAAUAGUGAAUUACUGCGCAUAUCUGUGGCCGAGGAUGCCUUCACUACCAAUGUUUCGUUCGACGAUAGAGCAGCGGAGACAGACAGCGCUACAUUAAGCAAUGCCUCGACCGCUGAAAUCCAGGGGACGAAGCCAAGCCUUGCCAAUGGACAGGAUCAAGAAGACGAAAUCGAUUACGAUGAUGACGAAGAGGAUCCGCCCUCAGAAGUGAUUGUCCCUCAAUCUCCGACUCCAAAGUCCGAGGAAUCACCCGUUUCGAACUCAGGAAAGAGGCCUAGAGCUGAAACAGACUUUGAAGAUGGUGACGAGUCGAUCACCAACGAAGCUAAGCGAAUUCGAUCAUGA